AUGGGAGUAGAGAAAAUGGAAAUGGAAGACACCAGCUCUACUUUGAUGGAGAAGAGCAAGAAGCCACCUGUGUCCAAACCUCCCAACAAAUAUGAGACACUGUUCCAGCCCUGCCUGGCCGAGAUAGUGGGGACCAUGUUCUUUGUUUUCAUUGGCUGCGUGUCUGUCAUCGAGAAUGUGCCAGCAGCUGGACGGCUGCAGCCAGCCCUGGUGCAUGGACUGGCUGUGGCAGUGAUGGUGGCGGUCAUGGAUAACAUCAGUGGCUCCCAUUUCAACCCUCCCUUCACUAUUGCCAUCUACCUGUGUGGAGGCAUGGAGUUAAUGAUGGUGGGACCCUACAUCAUCAGCCAGCUGAUUGGAGGGGUGUUGGGAGCUGGAAUGUCCAAGCUGAUGACCCCCGCAGAACGCUACUUAAACGCCACAGGAGCUGCGUUUGAUAUCCUCAAGUCACAAAGCCAGCUGUCUGGAGCCAUCUUUGGAGAGGUGGCCAUGACCUGCUUGGUCACCAUGGUGGUGCUGCUGGUGGCGGUGAACGGAAAGACGAAAACCCCGCUGGCUCCUUUCCUGGUGGGCUGUACCGUCAUCAUUAACGUCCUGGCAGGGGGUGAUGUAUCAGGAACGUGUCUGAACCCGGCCAGGGCUUUUGGUCCAGCCCUGAUGACCAACUACUGGACAUAUCACUGGGUUUACUGGGUGGGCCCCAUAGGAGGAGGUCUUGUGGCCGCUGCUCUGCUCAGGCUCAUUCUCGGUGAUGAUAAGUUACGAGUCGUUAUGAAAUCCUAACAGUCUCUUUUGUGCGUUUAUUACCAUCCAUGGGACAACAUAAACCUAUAAACAUUGUAUGUCUCGGCAUGUGAGUGGAUACUUUUGAUCAUGUCAUAAUGCCAUGAGGUCAGCUUGAUGCUGAAGUUUUCUUUUUCAUGUAAAACUGUGGGAUAACUGUGUGGAUUUGUCAGGAUGAAAUAAAGAUUAACAAACAUAGAGAAGAUCUCUU